AUGAUGAAGGCCUUAAUUCUAGCACUGGCAUUGACCCUUGUGGGUUGUCAGCAACAAAAACAAACUGAAGGUGAUGUUGCCACAUAUGCAGUCGAAUUUCAAAACACGAUCAGACUCCCAGGAAAAGGUGCAGGAAGCUCUGGACUGAAAUUAAAAUGUAAAAUUGCCAUUGGCCAAAUUGCACCAGACCGUAAAGUUCUACAGCUUCAUAGCGUUGAAGUGCUUGAGCUCAAUGGCAUCCAGCCACAGCAGGACUUCAAGCAGUCAUCCAAGCUGACCAAGAUGUUUGAGGAAGACUUACCUGGCAUAGUUACAUUUCGCCACAGGAAAGGCUUUGUUGAUGACAUCAUGGCUUCAGGACACUUCUCAGAAUAUAAACUUGGUGUCUACAAAGGACUUCUGAACAACCUGCAAUAUUCCAUGAAGCUAGACCAGAAAAGCUACAACUUAAGAGAGAAUAGUAUUUGGGGAAGGUGCAAUACAACAUACCUUGUUCAAAAUGCUGUAAAAGCCGAUGAGAUCUUCAUGACCAAGUCCAUGGACUUAAACGACUGUGACAAUGCUGCUUUCAAGAUCUUUGGUGCGUCGCAUGUUACUCCAUGUGAAGCCUGUCAACAGAAAGUCAAACCUUUCCAAGGCUCAGCUACAUUCAAGUACAGAUUUAGGGAUGCACAAAAGGGAGACAACGAGAGAACGAUUAUGCAGGUCGAAGGUGUGGAAAUCCGUGAGUUCGCACCAUUCAAUGAGCUUAGUGGAACAACAGGCAUCAUGGAGGCCAGGCUUAAAAUGGUAUUCAUCGAUAUGCAUGGCCACUUGCCACAUGUCCCUUCUGACUUGAAGAGAUGGGGCUCACUUACCUACAGGUUUAAUUAUGAACUUCCUCCUCUUCCUAUUCCAUUGAUAAAGAGCAACAACGUAGAGAGAGAAAUUGAGGAAAGAUUGCAGUAUUUGGCAGGACACCCAAAUGCAAAGUUUCCAAGAGAUGGUGCAAUUAAAUACCUGCAGGCUAUCGAACUUGUGCGUGACAUGAACGAUACAAAAUAUUUAGAUUCGCUCUUUAGAAAACACGCCAAUGAGCCAACACUCAGACACCUCAUCGUGCAACUAGCUGCUGCUGCUGGUACUCCAGAUGCACUUAGAUUCUUGAAACAUAGGUUUGAUCAGAGAGAAAUCAGCAGGAUUGAAGCGACAAUGGCAUUUGUUACCUUCUUUCAUACCUGCACUCCAUCUCCAGAAAUCCUAGAAACAGCUAUGGCAAUUGUGACAGAUGCCCUCAAAGGCCCCAGAAGUUUCUACCGCAGCUUUACCUGCCUUGCCUAUGGAACUGUUGUUAAAAAAUACUGUUCUUCCUCAGAAACCUGCCCUGACAAAUACAUCAAGCCUUUGAAUGAUUUUGCAAUUAAAGCAAAACGUACAUCCGACGUAGAUGGACAAAUGCUUGUCCUGAAGGCCUUAGCAAAUGUGGGACAUGUCAUCAUUGAGAAGCCAAUCAUGAAGACCUUUGCAGCUCUCAUUUCUUCUCCUGACUCCCUGCAUCCUUGCGCUGCCAUCUUAGCUCUAAGAGGCCUUGUCGAGAAGUAUCCUGCACGGGUGGAAGCACUUACUGUUCCAAUCGUCAUGGACAACAAGAUAGAACCCGUAACUCGAAAAUGUGCUGCCAUGGUUUAUAUGGAAUCCCUACCAGCUCUCCCUUCAUUGAUGGCAAUGACUAAUUAUGCAUCAGAGACACCCAUGUCAGAAGUGAAAUAUUUCCUGUUAACUCUUAUACGUGAAGCGGCCACUUGCAGAGCUCCUGACUGCCAAGAGAUGGCUUCUGCCUGCAGAGUGGCACUUAAAGUACUGAGCAUCAAGAUUCAACGGCCUAGCUAUCGCCACAGCAUGGUUUACUUCUUUGGUCUUCACAGUGAACGACUUAUGGCUGGUUUGAGAGCUGAGGUUGUCAGCAUAGGCAAAGAAGGAAAUAUCCUCCCAUUGUUUGCCAUGUUCAAAACCAGGGCGAACAUCCUUGGCGUCUCCUCUGAUCUUGUAGAGGUCGGUGUUAAGAGUGUAGGACUAUCUCGCCUUUUUGAAAGGGCAUAUGCAGAAGGAAGGCUCCAUGACUUGCCCUUCGAUCAGAAAAAAGGAGGACACGACCCAACUUUUGGAGGACUAUAUCUCAAAUUAGCACGCCAAGAAAUCGCGUAUUUGGAGCUCACUCCUGAUGUGAUCCAGGAUGCAUUGCAGAUAUUCCAUGGCAAAAUGCCUCUCCCCUGGAUAAAAGAUUCUGCAGAUGGCCUUAAAAAUCAUCCAAACAUGCAGUGGGAAAACAAUUUAGUAUCUGCAGAAAUCUACGGUGUUGUGCCUACAUGCACUGGACUUCCACUUCAAAUAAACUUGGUUCAUUUUACUCACACAUCAGUCAAUGGAAACGUUCAAUUAUCCAUGAGUCCCGAGCCGACAUCACAUUUGAGUUUGCCUGACUUGCUUAACAUCGAUAUGAAACUGAAAACCAGAUUGUCUGUCAGCAUGAACAAAGAUAUGCUCGUGACGAUGGGAAUCGUUGUCCCUGAAUUCCAGGCUAUAAUACAAGAGAAUGUCAAAAUGGUCACCAAUAUCCCUGUGAACGUUGAUGUCUCUAUGAACAUUAAGGAAAAGACCUUCAAACUUGAACUUCCACCAUGCAGAGAGGAAACUGAACUCAUGUCUUUCAGUGCUAUGACAUCUGUUAUCACUCGCAACCUUGAAGAGGCACCUGCUACCAAGUCAACUCCACUUUUCGUCCCUCAAACUGUGUCUAAAAUAAUAAGAGGCUCCUUUGAGUCAGCAGAACAACGGAAUGAACGAAGGGACCAAAUUUCUGCAGAACAGUCAGAACAUUACAGGCCUGCCCCUCGUCACACUGAGUGUGUUGAAGCAUGCACAUUUGGAUGUAGGGCUUGCGUUGAAUGGUCAAACAUUUAUGCUGGGUGCUCCAUAGAUGACUCUCUGUACAACUUGGCUGGCGAACAUACUUUUAGAGUAACACUCAAGCAAGCUGAGAGAAGAGCACCCAUUGAGAAGUUACGAUUGACUGUUCAAGGAGGCGCUCAUUCUAGUUUACCAAUGGUGCGUUUGACGAGAGAUGAAGAAAGACAUUUAAGAAGAAUUCAGCCCAUCAGCAGCUCCAGCGAAAGCGAUAGCGAUAGCUCUAGUGAUAGCUCUGACAGCUCAAGCAAUGAUUGGGAUGACCGUGAUGACGAUGAAAUGAUAGAUAUGAAGCAGCAGGAACGUUAUCAGAAGCACCCCAGGAAGACUUCUUUGAAGAGCAGCAGCAGCAGUGACGACAGCAGCAGCAGCGACAGCAGCAGCAGAAGCAGUGACAGCAGUAGCAGCAGCAGCGAUAGCAGCAGCAGCAGCAGCGAUAGCAGCAGCAGUAGCAGCGAUAGCAGCAGCAGCAGCAGCGAUAGCAGCAGCAGCGACAGCAGCAGCAGUAGUAGCAGUGACAGCAGCAGUAGUGACAGCAGCGAUAGCAGCAGUAGUAGCAGCGACAGCAGCAGCAGCAGCAGUGACAGCAGCAGCAGCGACAGCAGCAACAAGAAACAAUCCAAGGGACGCCCAAGCAAACAGAAGCAUGUUAAGGACAGCCACAUUGGCAGCGGCAAGAGACCUUCAAAGGACUUGCGAGGUCUGGAAUUGGCUAACGCGAAAUACAUGGCACACAAGGCAAAGCAGCAGGUGAAGCACCAGCAAGCAUCAAGCAGUUCAUCAUCAUCCUCUGAAUCCAGUAGCAGCUCUAGCAGUGACUCCAGAAACACCAGAAGCAGCAGCAGAGACAGAAAGCAGAAAGGUGGAAGGAGCAGCUUCUUGCGAGAGGACCAUGGUGAUUCACUACGACCUUACGUUACCAUUGUGGCUGAGGCAGUUAGGAGUGAUAAGAAAGAACAGGGCUACAAAUUUUCAAUGUACAUGAAGCAUGACCGCUACAAAGCCCAGAUGAAAAUAGUUGGAAGUGAGCUUGCCAGAACCAAGUGGAGAGCAUGUCUUGAUAGUGUUGUGCAACCUUACACACUCCAGAAUGAACUGAGCUGGGGUGACAACUGCAAAGAUUACAACAUUCGAGUAAAGGCUUCCAGUGGGCUGGUUGCAGAACGGGACGCAUUCGAAAUUGAGAUGAAAUGGACAAAGGUUCCACGCUAUCUAGAGAAAUGUGCUGCUUGGGUUAUGGAUCUCAUUCCUGGUAUUGCAUACAUGAAAUACUUCACAGCGGUUUAUCAGAAGAAUCCUUCACGUCAGGUUCUGUUCAGAAUAGUCCAGUCCUCUCCAUGGACAACAGCUACAAUCUUGAGAGUUCCCGGGGAAACCUUUUACAGAGAUGGCCUCUGUUUUCCAUUUUCUUUACCCGCUUUCGAAACUCCAUAUUAUCAAUCUUCAGCAAAAAGGGCAUAUGAUUUAUUUGAAUUAAUGUCAUGGGCACCCAAAGGAGGUGAAGCUGUAUGUGAGGUGGACAACGAACGGAUCAUGACCUUUGAUAACAAGGUAUUCAAUGUAACUACAACCAAACAUGCCUGUGACCUUUUGGUAGUCCAAGACUGCAACAAAAAUGAAAAUUAUGAACCACGGUUCCGUGUUUGGAUAUCAAAGUCCAGACCUGAUAGUCCAGGAGAGGUUCACGUCAAUAUCUCUUCAGAGAUCAGAAGUUAUAUCAGAAUCUUACCUACCAUGAAUAAGCUUUCUUUGUUAUACAAUGAGAAUCGAGUCCUGCUUGACAAAAAGGAGUUUGAGGAUGAGAAAGCGCAUGUUAAAAUGUGUAAAAAUGAGACAACUAUUGCUAUUGAGGCACCACUGAUAGGCCUAGUGAAUGUGACGUACGAUGGCGAAACUCUGAUGAUUACAGUCGCUUCCAGCAUGAGAGGUAAAACCUGCGGACUCUGCGGAAACAAUGACGGUGAAAUGAGUAAUGAAGCCCAGAUGCCCAAUCAAGAACAGGCAUCAACCACUACAGAGCUUUUGCGUUCCUGGUCUUUGACGGAUAGGUGUGAUAGAGGUGAUAGAGAAAUGGAAGCAACGUCUGACUCAGAGGCUUGGGCAGCUUAGCUCUGAGAAGACUCCAGACUGGGUGAACAUUACCCUGACAACGUACUUCAGAUCAACCUUUCGAUAUCUCAAAUUAACUGAGUUAUCUCGAAAACCACCUUGGGGAUGCCAGUGCUACAUCAAAUGAUAAAUAUAUUAAUUAAUGUUAAUUGGAACUAAACUAAAAUCAAAUGCAUUCUGCAU